CACGCAGCUCCUAGCGCGCUUUCUGGGAAGGAGACUGACCUUAACGAGAGCCUCCGAAACGAAGAGCAGACCAAGAAAAAACCCGACGCCAAAAUGCAGCUUAAUCUAGCCAAGUUGACGAAGCAUGCCCCGGCCCCGAUAUAUGAGAACCAAGCCUGCGGGAAUAGGGGGUUGGGACUGGUCGCGAAGAAGAGAUUUGAGGAAGGGGAGUGUAUCAUUUGCGAGGAAGUCAUAGUAUCCUCCACGACACUCCAGUCUGCAGGAGGCUCCGUCCGGCUGUACAACAAUCACCUUGCGCAGCAAGUAAAGUCUGCUAAAAAUCCGGCAUUCAGUCGCCGAUUUUUCCAGCUCCCCCAUCUCUCGAAAGAAGAAUGGGGACCGAUGGGGGCCAUUUUCGAGAGAGGAUCUAUUCCGGUCCCGCCAAAAAGCCGUGCCCUGGGGUUGGAUUCAGCAUACCUCAACCAUUCCUGCCUGCCUAAUGCGCAGCACUCGUUGGCCGAACUAACAUUCGACGGGACCGGGAACAGGAGAAACUUCUUGAUUGUAUAUGCCUGUAGAACCAUAGAGGAAGGGGAGGAGAUUACUAUCCCGUACGAAAGUUUAUAUUUGGAUAGAGUGGGUCGCCAGCAGUUCCUGUUGCAGGAAUAUGGGUUCGAAUGUGCUUGCAAACUCUGUGAAAAAGAAGACGCUGCGAUUGAAGCAGGCCUGGAACUUAUAUUCUUAAAGCUUCCAAUCAUAUUCCUCGAACACGCCAUCGAUAAUGAGCCGGCUGGUAUCUUGCAGGUGGCCCACACGAUUCUGGACAUACACCUCACAAUUGGCCUGACUGAUAAUCGCUUCGCCCGGAUUUUGGAACAUUGCGCAAAAGUCUGUGUCUGGCACUCUGAUGUUGGCAGAGCACUGGUGUUCCUAUCAAAAGCUCGGAAUUCCUUUCUCAGUAUUCAGGGGGUCCAGGGCAAGGAUUACUUGCGUGUUACAGAAUUGCAGAGAGACCCAAUGAAGAUUGCGGGUGCAGGACGUACGAAGAGAGGAUUGUCCUCGAAAGCGGAUACAGAAGUCAUCCGGAAAAAUAAAGAGCGGGAUACAGAGAUCAUGUUCAUGCUCAAUGCAAAGGACCUUGGGGAUUAUAUUAAACUUUCCGAAUAUGAUGAUGCGGCUAAGGGCACAACCAUAGGGGUUGAGGACGGAAAUGAUCGCCAAUUAGACCCCAAAAUAGACAUCGACCAGCUGGUGAAAGAACUGGAGCUGGAAAAGAAACAGCAUGAUAAAUCUCGCCACCGGCGUGGAAGUAGCUCCGACGAGAAGCCCAAGAAGGGGAGAAAUAAACGCGGCCACAAGUAUAAGAAGAAGGGCAAAGGCAAGGCAGUUGCAGACGGAGUUAACACUGCGGAUGGAAAAGUGGGAGAGAACAGAAAGCAGAAAAAGGCUCAAGGUUGAAUCAACAACUUGAUUGAACUUGAUCGAUUGUUCCUCGAUGGGGUUUGAAAGAACGUUAAGGGCGCGGAAUGAAAAAAAUCUGGGGCAAGAGAAGAAUAGCAAUAGCAGUAGUGUAACGGAUGAACCGCCUAAUUCGAGAUUGCUUUAUCACCACUAGUUAGCGGGCUGGGCAGUUAGCUUAAUUAAGAUGUGAUAGAUUUGAAAAUAACAACCCCACACGCUGAGACACACUAGGAAAGUUGAUAUGGAGAAGGCAACUUUGCUCUCGAAGUCUUUUUCUUAUUUUUGAUAACACAAUUUGAUGAAGAGACAGACUGUUGAAAACACUUGGCAGAAACGCUCUUCAAUCCAAUUGAAACCUCUUGAUUCGAGCGAACAAUGUAAAAAAAAUCUUUCGAAAGGGCAAAGGAAAUCAGGAAGAAAC